UACUCCACCUAUAAAUAUACAAAUUGAAACGUCAGCUGAUUAUAUUUGACAGGGAGUCGAGGGAAGAAGAUUUUUUCGGGGGGAAACGAGGGAGAUUUUUUUCACUUGUCCGCUCAUUCGGAGGGUGCCCUGGACUCGGGAAUGACCACUUGGGAGAGAUCAUGACUGGCUCAGAUUUGAAGAACUGGCCCAUCUUGAGUCUCUUGGAGAAGGACUUUGUUAAGGAACUCAGUAGUGUUCUUAUUUUUGGGCUGGGGAAUGAAGCACUGAUGGUCACCAAAGAUGAUGCUGUGUACGCCCUGGGCAACAAUGCAUCUGGCUGUCUUGGAACUGGUGAUGGUCACAGUACACUCUAUCCAGUGAAAAUUGAGGCGUUGUUCCAGAAGGGAAUCAAGUCAUUUGCCUUUGGAAUUGGUCCCCACGUGCUUGCGCUCACAGCCAAGGGGGAGGUCUAUUCUUGGGGACACAAUGGCUACUGCGAACUUGGUAAUGGAUCUUCCAACCAAGGUUCAACUCCCACCAAAGUUGCCAGCAACUUUGAGGAGAAAGCCAUUAUAUCUGUAGCAUGUGGAAGCCAUCACUCUCUCGCGCUCACGGAAGAUGGAGAGGUGUAUGGAUGGGGCCAGAAUACGUGUGGCCAGGUGGGCAGCGGCAUAAGUACCAAUCAGAAUACGCCUCGGAAGAUAAAUUCUGUUUUAGCAGGGAAAAAAAUUGUUCAGAUUGCAUGUGGCCAGACUUCCAGUAUGGCAUUGACGAGCAACGGAGAAGUUUACGCCUGGGGGAAUAACAGUGUUGGACAACUCGGCAUUGGGACGUACAUCAACCAGCUGAGUCCAAAUAAAGUUGCUGGACUCACGGGUGUUGUCAUAGACAAAGUCAUAUGUGGAUAUGGUCACGCAAUGGCAUUGAGUGACGAGGGAGAUCUCUACGUCUGGGGAGGAAAUGGAUACGGACAGUUGGGCCUUGGGAGUAAAUCUAAUGCCUGUCAGCCCGUCAAGUUAUCGAUGGCAGAGAUGGGAAGAGUAUCUGACAUAGCAGCAGUCCACUCGAAUCACAUAAGUGCUGCACUCGCUGAAGGUGGUAAAGUCUUUAUGUGGGGGCAAUGUCGGGGUCAGAGUGUGACGACACCCACUGCUACUCCUCUUCUCUAUUUGCACGAUGUUCUGGCGUGCUACUCGACACCACCUGUCAUGCACGAACCCCUUGUACUGUAUGCUCAAGACGAGACGAGUAUUUUAGACUGCUUGAGACAAGCAUUUGACGAUCCAGCAAGUAGUGAUCUUACGAUCCAAGUGCAGGGAAAACCCAUUCAUGUUCACAAGGCCGUGCUGAAAAUACGCUGUCAAUAUUUUAGGUCCAUGUUCCAAGAACACUGGACUGAAAAUAAUCAAUCAAUAAUAGAGCACGACGAAUUCUCCCACGAUGUCUACAAAUCCUUUCUCCGUUACCUAUACACAGACGAAGUAGAUUUACCAUCAGAGAAUGCACUGGAGCUACUCUACCUGGCAAACGCCUACUUCGAGACUCAGCUUAAGCGCAAGUGUGUCCAGAUGAUAAAACGAGGCAUCACUGUCAACAACGUGGCAUUCCUCUACAAAACAGCCAUCGAGUACAAUGCUCAAGAGCUUGAGGACUUUUGCUUUAAAUUCGCAUUGAAUCACAUGACAGCAGUCACCCAAACUGCUCACUUUGGAAAAUUAGACGAGGCAACCCUGAAGACCUUCAUCGCCAAAGCCGCCCACGCUGGAGCUUUCAAAACAUGAAAUGAAUGAUAAAGGAAAUUCCAUUCCAAUGACUUCUGCAUUUGCUACGACUAAAAUGGUAUUCGGUGCCAAAUUGUGAAUUAAUUAAGGAUUUAAUCGAAUAAAAAAUUAUUUUAAGACGA